CGAUCCUGGUGCAGGUUGACUUGUUCGGCACCAGGUUCAGGUGGUGUUUUACUGUUUUACCUGUACCUGUACCUGUGGGCAUAAGGAGGGAGGCGCACCUCGUUACCGUCCCACUCCAAAUCAGGAUUAGCUGUUCCGGCUCGCACCAGCCCGGACUGGACCAGGGGGGGGACGGCGGAAAACCUCAGCCGGGACUCCGAGCAUGGAGCCUAUAACGUCGUGGAGCGAGGAGAGAGUCAGCGAGUGGCUCCGAGGUCUGGAUGCUCCCUUGCAUCAGUAUUCCACAUCAGAAUGGCACCUCUCGGGUCUGGAGUUGCUCCAGUUGACCUCUCAGGACCUGGAGAAGCUCGGGGUCCAUAAGAUUGGACACCAAGAGCUCAUACUGGAGUCUGUGGAGAAACUGUGUUCUUUGACAUACGGUAUUGGUGGAGAGAACCUCCGCGGACUGACAGAGAAGCUUCGUGCUGUUGCGCAUACCCUGCAGAUGGGCAUCCAGAACCGCUGGCGGCUAAACAGCUACGAUGGGCAGAGCGUCACCAAAAUGCCCAUUGGCGUACUGCAGGUUGUAGUGGAGCUCAUCACCUCUGCAAAAGGGUUAUUCUCUUUGCUCAACAGGUAUCAGUUUCUCCAUCUCAGUGGGUGCACCACCAGCAAAAACAUAUUCAUCUCCUGCCGGGAGCUUGGAGAAAUUGUGCACAAAGACUGCACAGUCUAUGAAAAAGAAAAGGACAUCAUUUCUGUGUGCCGUCAGUUGGUGGCCGUGUGUGAUGAGAUCCUGAGCUCUAGUCCUGAGAAGCUUCUUGCCCACACUGCUGAGUUGGAGAGUGUUGACCUUGUGCCCGUGUCACCUGGUGAAAAGCUGGGCAUCGAGAUAACAUCAACUGGCUCCAGUGCCCACUAUGUGACGGGAACUGUAGCUGAGCCUUCCUCUGAAAGCCCCGUGAAGAUCUUGGCCGGUGACGAGGUUAUUCAAGUCAACAAUCAGAUAGUGGUUGGCUGGAGCAGAGAGAACCUUCUGAAGAAGCUCCAGGAGAAUCCAAGUGGAGUGACUCUGGUGUUAAAGAAGAUCCCUGGGUCAGUGCGGAUCAGAAAGUCCAUUCCGUCUACACAGGAGAAAGAAAAGGAGAAGGAGCAGGAGACCUGGGCUGAGGAGGAGCAAAAGAGUGAGGAGGGGACUCAGAGGUACUCCUUAUUUGAGAGGGUAGCCGCUUCUGUCCGGUCCCUGUCUUUUAGGAAAGCUGUUCAGGGCCCAGAGGUUUCUCAGCAGCCUAUGGGACAGGAGGAGUCCGAGCUGUCUGACAGGGGACAAGAGGGCAACCUAACAGUUACUACACAAGAAAACCUGCAGGGGGCGCAACUGCCUCUGCCAGCAUCAGGGGACUCUGAGAGUCUGGAUGGUUCAAGGCUCUCUCCACUGCUCAGGAGAAGCCACCCGCCCUCACCCAGAAGCCCUUCACCCCUCGGCUCCUUCAGAAGUUCUUCACCUUUCAGAUUCAACACAGAAAGAUCAAGCGUGAGUUCGUGCCCUGAAAUGGUUGGACACACGGAAACAAAGAAGAGCUCCACCAAAGGAACGUCAACCGCCAUGAGUCGGCGCCGUGUGUCCUGCCGGGAGCUCGGCCGUCCAGACUGUGACGGCUGGUUGUGGAAGAAGAGAAAGGAGUCUAACGUCUUCAUUGCCCAGAAGUGGCAGCGCUUCUGGUUUGUUCUCAAGGGGCCUUCCCUUUAUUGGUACACAAGCCAGCAGGACGAGAAGGCGGAGGGUAUGGUCAGUAUCGGCAGCUACAGCAUCGAGAGCGCCGGAGAGCACAAAAGAAAAUUUGUGUUUAAAAUGUGCCACAAGCGAUUUCAGAAUUUCUUCUUCGCUGCCGACAAUGUCAGUGACAUGAGCAAAUGGAUUAACUGUUUGAUCACAGCCAUACAGAAACAGAAGCAUCUCCAAAAAGACCCACCAGACAGUGAAGAAGUCUAUUCUGAGACUGAUUCGGAGAGCGAAAUGUCUCCUUCAGCCCGCAGGAGGAACAAGGUCAAAAUCCAGGCCAACACACUGCCUCGGCCCAAACCAAGAGCAGUGCCAUUAUCGAGUCCUGUGACAGGGGGCAGCAGAGUGCAAGGCGCCCCGGUUGAUGAGAUGGGCAAAAUGUUAAACAACAUAAAGGAAGGAGGCGUGUCUCUGAUCGGCCACGAGCAGCCGCUGACGCACGACCACUUCAGGAGAUCGUUCAUUCGACGCAACAAGAACCCCGUCAUCAACGAGAAGGCACACAUGCUGCGCGCACUGCAGAGCACUCUGAAGGUGAGGACCAAAGACGCAGAGCUUCAGGUGAUCAACAAGAUCUUGGAGGACCCCACUACAGCAUCGAAGUACCGCCAAUGGAAGGAGCACAAUGAAGAAGUCUUCCAAGAAAUCGAGAAGCUGGCCGCGCACAGGGAGUCCAAGGAAGGGGUCGUCACUGUGGAGGACACGGCCACUGAAGUUGUCACCUUGGCAACGGUUGCUCAAGAGACGCCCACGACAGAGACAAAAACCAGCGAUGCAUAUCGAUUGAGCCUCAGUGACGGGGAGCAGCUGGUGGAUGCAGAACCCUCUGAGGUUCACCUGGAAGUCUCCGCGGCCGCCGUGAUCGAGGAAUCCAGUCCGACCUUAGAACUCUCUGAGGAAUCCCUGCAAGAUUCCAUCAACAAACAGCUGAGUGAAAUGGCAGAGAGCAGAGGAGCCGCUGAGAACUAUUUCUACAUUUAACGCCCCGCCCAGUGGAGACGUUGCACUGACAUGAACAAUCAACAUCACGAGUCUACGUGUCUGGAUUCUGCUGAGCCAAGUCCACCUUCCACACCUUCAUCCUGCUCAGACAUCUGAAGAACCAUCAGCCAGAUUCACAAGAUUAAAUAAAUCACAUUUCCUCAUCAAACUGUCUCUUAGUAAACAGGCCGUGUUACGUGUUGGCAUGCGCAAUCCACGAGCCGGGGAAUUGUGGGUCUUUAAAGAUAUAUAACACGGAUUCCCGGAGCAGCAGACCUGCGUGGCCCCUUUCGUCCAGCGCUGAGAAAUGUCCCUGACAUGCUGGUACCACUUAUUUCUCUCAAUGGGAAGAUCAUUUUAAACUGAACCAAAUUUAAGUAAACACCCCAAAAUUUGUAUGAAUUCAGUGUAUAUAUUUAUAUGAUUACUAACAGUCUGAUGAUAAAAAUAAUAUUUUGCUUACAACUAAAAAAAAAGUAAAAUAGUUAUGCAGAUGUAAAUAUGGUUUUCUUAUAAAUACUGUGUAUACUUGUUAAUGACAUUACCUUAAUAAAGGUGGUUU